AUGGAGGUUAAGUUGGAGGAAGACGUAGAUGAUGGAUCAGAGGUGGAUAUGAGUAGUGCAAUAGAUGAUUUAUGGAAAAGGUUUAGGUCACUAGAUGUUGUUGGGAAAAGGGCAUUAAAAAGUAGGGUUUUUGAACUUACCUUUCCCAUAAUGACUUCUUUGUGUCCAUCACCUGAGAAAAUAAAAACGAAAGAGGGAGUCAAGAAGAAAGGCAAAAAAAACCAGUAG